ACAGUGUUCUUUCUUACCAUCCAUCUACAGUCUGGGUUUUGCUGAUGAGACGUUGACAUCAACACAGACGCCCCGCUGGGUAUAUGAGUCAAGAGAGCAUUUUCAUGUUUUUCCAUCCACUGGACAUUUGGCGAGGUUGAGGACAAUUUAGGCUAUUGAACAACAGCAAACAUGAAACGUGGAAUUUACAAGACAAACAUCUGUCGCAGUAUCUGCUUGGAUUUGAAUGGACUUAUGAAGUAGCCUAAAGAACGGCUAUCUAAAAAAGAACAAAUAGCGUGCAUUUGAUAGCCUACUUCUGGAUUGGAAACAUGAACGAUACACGUAAUUCCUCUACACAUACGUUGCCUGACAAGACAGCAGAAGCGAUGGCUGUACCCGUAUUAAUGUUUGCAGUUGGUGUCAUUGGAAAUAUAAUAGCAAUAGCCGCUCUUUCUGGAUCUAAGCAGGAGCGCAAAUCCUCCGCGUUCUUCGCCCUAGUUUGUGGUUUGGCUGUUACGGAUCUGCUUGGGACUUGUUUGGCCAGCCCAAUCACUAUAGCAACUUACCUCAAUGAAAAUGUGUUAUAUGAUAAUACUGACCUUUGUGAAUUCCAUUCCUUUUUGUUGCUGUUCUUCGGAGUGGCUGGGCUAAGUAUUAUAUGCGCAAUGUCUGCUGAGCGCUACCUCGCGAUAUGCUGCCCUUACACUUACCAAAGAUGGGGAAUUGACCAACAUUUUGCACGCAAGUGCUUGUUUUGCAUUUAUCUCAGCAACAUUGCAUUUUGUUGUCUCCCAGUGAUGGGCAUGGCUGGAAGCAUUUGUCAGCCCUCCAAAACGUGGUGCUUCAUCAACUGGAGGGCUGAUAAGACACUGCCUGCAACAUAUUCGUUUUUAUAUGCCAGUGUGAGUUUUUUACUGAUAUUGAUGACGAUAGUACUCAACUUUGCCGUUUGUGGCACUCUGUUGAUAAUGCGUCGCAGGAAAAUCCAAAGUCCAGUUACAAGAGGGAGCACACGCGCGCGCUGGAAAGCGCUUUCCUCCGGUGUGGAAGCGCAAAUGAUGACGGUGUUCAUGGUGACCUCCGUGGUUGUUUUAGGUUGCUCAGCGCCGCUGGUGGUACGCGUAUUUUCUAACCAGAUAACAUGGGCAGAGAAUUCACAUGCAGAUUUGAUGGCUAUUCGGAUCGCCUCGGUCAACGCCAUCCUUGACCCUUGGAUCUACAUCCUCCUGAGAAGGACUUUGUUCCGUAAGAUUCAGAGAUUCUCUAAAGUGUUUUACAGUAGUCGCAAAGGCAAAGCACCCAUGUUGCCAGUAAAAUCAUCACAAAGGACAUUCCACUACCAAGGAGACAUUACAAACACCCAUGUAUUCACACCUCUGUGAAGCGCCUUGCAUAAAAAACAUAAUUCACCUGCCCGCCACAGUCGCCCAGUGCGCCCACGUCACCCAGGGGGGACAAAGCUUGCCAAUACUCCCCACAAGUUGUCCGAUAUCCAGUUUCACAAUGUGUUCUGUCGAUAUAAUUGAUGAUGGGUGGCAAUUCGUCUGUUUUAAAUAUAUAACUUUAAAAAACAGUAGAUUAAUUAAACAAAUGAACCAUGUAACAGUUCAAUUAUAGAUAGUACUAUGGGCUCAAGCAUUUGGCUCAAUCACAGCAAUGUAUAAGUAUUACACAAACAAUAAAUAUGACAUUGUGAAGUUAAAGAGAUCAGUUGUAUAAACACCAGGUGUGUUUAGUGCUGCUAACCAAUUCAGACUUUUUAAGUUCAUUGGUAAUAUCAAUGAGCAAAGAGUGGGUCUACAGAAUGAUCAGGUUUUGAGCCUGUUUAGUGUUGGCCUGAGAUGACCCCUUGUUUUUCUCCAUUGUGGCCACAGAGAGGUUGUUCAUUACUUGGUUAAAGGUCCAAUGCAGCCGUUUUUAUCACAAUAUCAAAUAAUUUCCGGAUAACAAUUAAGUACCUUACUGUGAUUGUUUUUAAUUAAAAUGGUCAAAAAUUAACAAAAAUAACUUCUUAGCAAAGAGCAGUUCUUCAAGCAAGAAUUUUGCUAGGACUCUCUGGGAUUGGUCUGAGCGGGGAGGCUCAAACGGAAAACUAGCUAUUGGCAGAAAGGUUUCCAACUCUCUUUCUUAUUGGUCUAUUUGGUGAUGUCACCAGGCAGACCAAAAUUGCAUCCCACCCAAACAGGCAGAAAUUUCAGGCAGCCUUUUCAAACAGCUCUUACACUAAAAGGACAUUAACAUAAUUUUCACAAUUUUACAGUAUUAUUCCAACCUUAUAGUGUGGAAAUAUGUAUAAAACACAAAAAAACAAGUUUUUGUUUGCACUGAGCCUCUAACCAAGACCCUUGUUGAUAGAGUCACUGUGUCAUCACCCUUAGCGGUGUUGGCAGAAAGCGGAUGUUGCCAGUUCAGGGAUACUUCUGUUUCCACUGAAAAACGGAAGUGGGGACUUCACUUAAAUAGGGUUUUGACCAGAGGUGGCGCCUCCCCUUCACAACGAAUCACACCAAUACUUUUAUUUUCUUGAAACUUGCAUAAAGUAGAGCAGAGCUCAACCUUUUCUACCGCUCUGCUAGCAGGGUUCUCGCCACUCACCUUCCCACAAUCUCCCACACAUUUCUCUGUGUUCCCUCAUUGAAAAUGAAAAGGGGGAAGAACUUCUCCUGCCGAAUUCGUUGUUGGUGAAAACCCACUGUCAGGCGUCAUUCUGUCCCUGUUACGUUAGGUUACUGUGCCAUAGACACUUGAGGGGCUAAUGGAUCAAGCUCAAAGGCAGUUAAUGCACAAGAUGUAGUUUAAUCUCCCGGAUCUACUCUAUACCCUGAAGGGGCAACAAACGCAAAGUAACAGACAUUUCACAUCAGACACUUUGAUGUCUCUUCUGCAGAGUUGUAAACAACCUCAGAGGAGCAGGAUGUGUCCAAGUGUUUCUCUCAAAACUUUGGACUGAAUUCUAAACACUGUCCAGCAACUAUACUUGCGACUGCAGUUACUCUCAAAAACAGGCGUUGAACUUUGUCAUGGAGGUCAUGGGAGAGAGAGGGACUCAUCCCCAGGGAGAUGAUUAGUUCCCCUAGGUUGUGUUUCUAUUUUCUACCCUUCACCCAGAAGUGUGCACUUGUUCACUUCCACUCAUGCAUUUAAAAGUAUUGGAUUGGUGAAAGCGGCUGGAGGGACUUUCCACCCGUUCCUUUUAAAGGAAUGUACCGGUACAAAUCAAAUCAAAGUUUAUUGGUCACGUACAUACACAGUUUAGCAGAUGUUAUAGCAGUUGCAGCGAAAUGCUUGUGUUACUAGCUCCUAACAAUGCAGUAAAAUGUCAAACAAGUAUCAAAUAAUUAAAAUAUUCGUAAAAAAGUACAGCAAAAAAAAAAAACGUAGGUAAGAAUCAAAUUAAUAACCCAAACAGCACUGUAACAGUAAUCAAAAUGCAAUCUAUACAUAUGUACCAUAGACAUUAAAAUCAGAUUUGUACACCAGAAGAAUUUACACAAUAUAUACUAAGAAUGAUAUGUACAGCAGUAUAUAUAUAUAUUAGAGUGAGCUAUGUCAAGAAUCCAGUAUAUAAAUAAAUAUGCAGUAUGUAUAAACAGUGUAACCAAAUACAAAGUACAGUAGUAGAAGUAUUAGAAUGAGCUAUGCCGGGGAUAUACAUGAUGAUAGCGGUUCAACAAUCCGAUGGCCUGGUAAUAGAAGCAGUUUUUUUUGUCUCUGGGUCUUGGCACUGAUGCACCUGUACUGAUUCCGUCUGCUAGACGGUUGCCGAGUAAACAGUCCAUGGCUCAGGUGACUAAGGUCCUUAAUGAUCUUCUUGGCCUUCCUUUGACUCCGAGCGCUGUAAAUGUCCUGGAGUGCAGGCCACCGGUGAUGCGUUGGGCUGACUGCAACACCCUCUGAAGAGCUAUGUGGUUGAGGGCGGUGCAGUUGCCAGACCAGGAAGUGAUGUGGCCCAACAGAAUGUUCUCAGUGGUGCAUCUGUAGAAGUUCCUUCCAUAAUCUCAUCAGCCGCCUGAGGUUGUAGAGGCACUGUUGCGCCUUCUUCACCCCGGUGUUGAUGUGGUGAGACCAUUUCAGGUCGGCUACCCUCACCACCAGUGGUCGGCCAGUCAGUCACACAGGGAGGAGAUUAGACCUAAGGCCCUGAGCUUAGUGACGAGCUUGGUGUUAAAAGCUGAGUUAUAGUUGAUGAACAGCAUUCUCACAUAGGUAUUCCUCUUGUCCAGGCGGGACAGCGGGAUGUGCAGUGCAACAGCGACUGCGUCGUUUGUGGAUCUAUUGGGGCGGUAUGCAUAUUGUAAUGGGUCAAGGGUGUCGGGUAUGGUGAAGGGGAUAUGGUCCUUGACUAGCCUCUCAAAGCACUUCAUGAUGACAGAUAGUAAUUUAGUUCAGUUUGCUUGGGUACAGGAACAAUGGUGGGCAUCUAGAAGCAAGUUGGAUGACAGAUUGGGAUAUUGAGAGGUUGAAAAUGUUCGUAAACACUCCAGCCAGCUGGUCUGCGCAUGCUCAGAGAACGCGGCUUGGGAUGACAUCUGGGCUGGUAGCCUUGCGAGGGUUAACAUGUUUGAAGGUCCUACUCACGUUGACUACAGAGAUCGGGAGCCCAGUCUUCGUGAGCAGCGGGGGCCCAUGUCAUUGACUCUGUGUUGUUUUCCUCAAAGCAGCCGAAAAAUGUGUAUACUUUGUGAGAAGGUUAAAGAGUGGAACAGCCCAUACGAAAAAGUAAUAUAUGGCAAUACUUAUCUAAUUAAGAUAUUUGUUUAUUUUUCACGUUUUUUUUACAAAUGUUGUAGAUCGUUGACAAAAAAAUGACAAUUAAAUCCAUUUUAAUCCCACUUUGUAACACAAUAAAAUGUGGAAAAAGUCAAGGGGUAUGAAUACUUUCUGAAGACACUGUAUAUGUCCCUUAUGUCACAAUACCUGCAAUAUUUCAGUGAUACUUGUAGUCAUGGUACUUGUAGCCAUGGUAAUAAAACAUUCGAACAAACAAGACAAAACAAUAAAAACUUAAUUUCAUCCUAUUCAUUAAAUGUUUUUCUCUCAUUACCUCUUAAAUCAGCCAUUUUACUGUUGUAAGCCGUUCCCACACCCGGGAAGCACUCUUGCCAGCAUCUGUGGGUGGAAGCAACAAAUAGAAGAUAAAGAGCACAUAGAACAGUUAGGGGUUGGGUUUGGGCUCAUAAAUUAAGAGAUACUGUACAUAUAUUUUUUUAAAUUGAAAAACCAUUAUGUGAAAAGCUUAUCAGAUUCAGUUUAAUAAGAAAUCCUUGACCAUUAAUGCCCUAUUUGCAAUGACCGAUUUAUACAUUCAAUUAAGGGAUUAACUUUUUUACACCUUAGUCAGUCAUAUGGUUCCUUACCCUGAAAGUAGAAACUGUAAUCCAUGGUUAGAGUUGUUAACUUGAGAGGAUUUGGCCACAAACAUUGAAUUUUGUCUAAUUGCCCCCAUAACCCAUAUGAUUUUUUUGUUAGCCAUCUGACUAUAAGGGGUUAAAAAGUUAAAUUGACCCCAACCCUGUUAUGGGGUAUACAUUUUUAGAGGGAUACUGUGAGAUUUCAAUGAACUCAUCAAUACCAUUUUUAUGUCUCUGCGUGCAGUUUGGAGAUUAUUGAAGUUAGCAUAUCAUUAGCUUAGCACAAUUGCUGGAAGUCUGCCGGUACAGUAACCAGCAGAUUGCAACGUUGCAUCUGUCUCAAUGGCGCUGUCCCUGUGCUUACAGACGCCAUAAUGAGACAGAUACAAUGUUGCGAUCUCUGUACAUCUCUAUGUGCCAACGGGACAGAGAAUGAGGAAGUUGAUAGAAUGUUUCAAAUGAUUAUUAGUAAAAUUAAUGAAUGUAUAAAAUAUUUAUUACUAUGUAUAGCUUUGUAAGACUAUAAAUGACCAACCACACAGCUUUGGAGAAGUUAGGUCUAUUUCCCUGUUUGAGAGGAGCUGGCUACUGUGGGAGACUUCCAGUAAUUGCGCUAAGCUAACAGAAUGCUAACUUCAAUAAUCUAGCAAAUAAAACCCUGGAAUGGUAGAUUUGCAGUGGAAGAAUGUGCAAAGUAGAAAUAGAAACAAUGGGGUGCAAAGGAGCAAAAUAAUUAAACAUUAAACAAGUACAGUACAAUGAAAUGCAGUUAGUUAACCAGAAGUGCAAAAAAAAUGUACAAGUGAAACAAUUAAAUAGAUUGUAUAUUAUAAAGUGGGAUGUAUAAAUGUGCAAUGAAGGCAAAUGGCAAGUACAAAUGGCAAGUCUAAAUGUGCAAUGAAGGCAAAUUGAAAGUGCAAGGAGGCAUGCAACUGAAAUACAGGGAUAGCAGCAAUGAGGUUAUCAAGGUAGACAUGUACAUGUACAACUGAAAAAUGUCCUUAAUCAGACUUUGCAAAGCAAUAUCAGAGUCCAGUAGUACAGUGAAGAGUGCAAAGAGAGUAAUGCAACAAGGUCCCUGAGAGGCAGUACUAAGCGAUGGGUGGGUGGAUAUGGCUAGUGCUGUGUCACAGAGUUCAGCAGGGUUACAGUGGCUGGAAAGAAACUGUUCUUGAGCCUGCUAGUGCGGGAACGUAGAGACCUGUACCGUCUGCCUGAUGGUAGGAGGGCGAACAGUUUGUAGCAUGGAUGUGAAGGGUCCCUGAUGAUGCCUCGCGCCCUACGCAGACACCGCUUGCGCUGGAGGUUUACGAUGGCAGGGAGCUGGGCACCAGUGAUGUGCUGGGCGGUUUUCACCACCCAUUGCAGGGCCUUCCGGUCGGCCACGGAGCAUCCGCGUAACCACACUGUGGCGCAGUUAGUCAGAAUGCUCUCGACCGUGCAGCGGUAAAAGUUCACCAGGAUCUUGAGAGACCGGCAGGCCUUCUUCAGCCUCCUCAAAAAGUACAGGUGCUGCUGUGGCUUUUUGACCAGGGUUGAGGUGUUGAGGGUCCAGGAGAGGUCCCCGGAGAUGUAGACACCCAGGAAUUUGAAGCUGGGCACACGCUCCACCUCAAUGCCAUCAAUGAGAACUGGGGCGUGGUUGCAGCUUUGACAACUUUUAUUUUACUACAUUCCUAAAGAAAAUAAUGUAUUUUUUACUCCAUACAUUUUCCCUGACUCCCAAAAGUACU